AUGGACCCCCACAGCACCUCCCGCGAAAAGCUCCUGAUAACCGGCGCGACCGGCUACAUCGGCUUCAAAACCCUUCUCACAGCUCUCUCCCGCGGCUAUAGCGUACUUGCCCUGACCCGAAGAGACAGCGACAUCUCUGACCUCCAAUCCAAAAGCGCUGCUAUCACUGAAUCCACUCGAUCAGGACAACUGAAGUUUGCCGUUGUCCCCGAUUUUCUAGCCGAAUAUGCCACGGAGGAUUAUGAAGAGGAUAUCAUCCGCCCUGCUGUUUCGAUGGUAACAGUGUUCCUUGACGCUGCGAGAAGGGUGGAGAGUGUGAAGAGGGUUGUUGUUACUUCUUCUUGCGUGACCCUCAUCCCCUUCGAGUGGAACUUCAACCCAGAUUCCGAGAGACUCUAUACCGCAACCGACCUGAAUCCCACCCUGAACAUCACCCCAGCCUCUCCCAUGGAAGCCUACUGGAUCUCCAAAGCGCUUGCCCGAAAGGCCAGCCGUGACUUUAUUGAAACCCAUCGUCCUAGCUUUGACUACGUGAACCUCCUCCCCGGCGUGGUCAUCGGUCCCGAUGACCGUCUUACCCCAUCGCCCACGAACAGGAACGUUAAGAGCGAUGAUGUGCUACACGGGACGAGAAGGUCCGUGCUUGCGCCCGUUCUGACAGAUGAUCUGAGUAGUUCGUUUCCUUAUGUGGGUGUGCCGGUGCAUGUGAGUGAUGUUGCGAGGGCACAUAUCGAUGCUGUGGAUCCGCGGAGGAUUCCCGGGAAUCGGGAGUUUAUUCUUGUUUCGGAUGCUGAUGCUGUCGAGGGUGUGGACUGGGAGGAGGGUGUUAGGGAGGUUGUGCGGAAGUACUAUGGGAAGGAGCUUGAGGAGGGUUUAUUUCCGAUGGAGGGGAGGUUGGGGGUGAUUCGCUGGAGGGUUGAUACGGAGGAGACGGAGAAGGUGUUUGGGUGGCGGUUUGUGGGGUUUCAAGAGACUAUCAAGGCCCUUGUCGCGCAGUGGGUUGGGUUGAAGCGGUUGGAGAGGCCAGUGGAGGCUGGAUGCGAGUAG